GCGUGGUUUACGGGCGAGCAACAUGGCGCCUGCCAUGCUGAUGCUGAAGGUUCCGCCGUGGCCCGCAGCCCAGGGACUCCUCCGGAACUUUUGGGAGCAACUGCAGCGGAAACUUCGGCAGAGCCGGCCAGGCUUUCCCAGUCCUCAAUGUGAACCAGCAUUAGCGGUCCAAGGUCCAGCUAUGUUUACAGAACCAGCAAAUGAUACCAAUGGAAGUAAGGAGAUUUCCAGCUUUUUGGAGAACAUCUUUUGGAUGGCAGCUCCCAAAAACAGACGCAGCAUUGAAGUUAACAGGUGUAGGAGAAGAAACCCUCAUAAGCUUAUUAAAGUUAAGAACAAUAUAGACGUUUGUCCUGAAUGUGGCCACCUGAAACAGAAACACGUCCUCUGUGGCUAUUGCUAUGAGAAGGUGUGUAAAGAGACAGCGGAAAUCAGACGACAGAUAGGGAAGCAAGAGGGAGGCCCUUUCAAGGCUCCUACCGUGGAGACCACGGUGCUGUACUUGGGGGAGACACCCUCCAAGCAAGACCAGGGCAAGAGGAUCAUCGAGCGAGACCGGAAGCGGCCAUCCUGGUUCACCCAGAAUUGACAGCAAACGUGUUUCGAGAGGAUAACUUCACACAAGACGUUUCUCCUGAAAAAGAGGAAAAUUCUUUGUUUUUAUGUUGGUUGUGUGC